AUUGGCUGUGUGUACUAUUUACCUUUUGUCCGGAUAUUGCGUGACGCGCUGAGUCGCGCAGCUGCGAAGGAGCGGGCAGAAGGAGGUGGCGAGCUCUCGGUUUGGCUGGCCCGGAGGGGAGCCUCGUGGUAGAGGUGACCGGAGCUGAGCAUUUCAGAUCUGCUUAGUGAACCGGUGUAUCACCCACCAUGCUGGCUGCAAGGAUCGUGUGUCUCCGGACACUGCCUUCCAGGGUUUUCCAGCCCACUUUCACCAAGGUCUCCCCACUUGUGAAGAAUUCCAUCACAAAGAAUCAAUGGCUCUUAACACCCAGCAGGGAAUAUGCUACCAAGACAAGAGUUAGGAUCCACCGUGGGAAAACUGGCCAAGGACUGAAAGAGGCAGCUUUUGAGCCAUCAAUGGAAAAGAUCUUUAAAAUUGAUCAGAUGGGAAGGUGGUUUGUUGCUGGAGGAGCAGCUGUUGGUCUUGGAGCGCUGUGCUACUAUGGCUUAGGAAUGUCUAAUGAGAUUGGAGCUAUCGAAAAGGCUGUAAUUUGGCCUCAGUAUGUGAAGGAUAGAAUUCAUUCUACUUACAUGUACUUAUCAGGGAGUAUUGGUUUAACAGCUUUGUCUGCCUUGGCAGUAGCCAGAACACCUGCUCUAAUGAACUUCAUGAUGAGAGGCUCUUGGGUGACAAUUGGUGCAACCUUUGCAGCCAUGAUUGGAGCUGGAAUGCUGGUGCAAUCAAUAUCUUAUGAUCAGAGCCCAGGCCCUAAACAUCUAGCUUGGAUGCUUCAUUCUGGUGUGAUGGGUGCAGUGGUGGCUCCUCUGACAAUCUUAGGGGGGCCUCUUCUCCUGAGAGCUGCAUGGUACACUGCUGGUAUUGUGGGAGGCCUCUCUACUGUGGCCAUGUGUGCACCCAGUGAGAAGUUUCUGAACAUGGGAGCGCCCCUGGGAGUGGGCCUGGGUCUUGUCUUUGUGUCUUCAGUGGGGUCUAUGUUUCUUCCCCCUACCACAGUGGCUGGGGCCACUCUGUACUCAGUAGCAGUGUAUGGUGGAUUAGUUCUUUUCAGUAUGUUCCUUCUGCAUGAUACUCAGAAAGUAAUCAGACGCGCAGAAAUAACACCAAUGCAUGGAGCUCAAAAAUAUGAUCCCAUCAAUGCGAUGUUGAGAAUCUACAUGGAUACAUUAAAUAUAUUUAUGCGAGUUGCAACUAUGCUAGCAACUGGAAGCAACAGAAAGAAAUGAAGUGGUCGCUUCUGGUGUCUCUGCCCCCUGAUGCUUGCUUAUUAGGAGCAGAUAGUCAUUACAGUUUGCACUAGCAAAACUGCUUUUGAGUUUAGAAGAUAACCUGUCACCAUGUUUAAAUGUUCAGUAAUGUGACCCUUCAGGCUUGCCUUUUCUUUUAGAGAAUAAAUUCAGUAGAUGUCUUCCAAAUAAGCACAUUUUCAUCUGUCAUGUUUGAGUAAUUUAAAAAUGCUUUGGUGAAUGUGAGAACUAAAAUUUGUUACGAGAUUUUUAAUUUAUAGCAUAAGUAAAAUAUAGUGAAUUUGUGUCUUCAUAUCUUAUAGAACUUGCAGAAUAUCUAAGGUCAUGAGUGACAUGGAGGUUUUGGUAUAGAGUUCAGAGAGAGAAAAGUCACCUGCAGUCAUAUUUUGAAUGCUCAGGACAGCAUCGAUUGUUGUGAACUAAGGGGAGAUGGCGGAAUUGUGGAAACACGUGACCACUGUUGAUAGUCUGACAGUUGUUUCUCCCCGUGUUUGUCAGUGGCCUCCUGGUUACUCAUUGUCAGGAUAGUACAGAGUGUUAAUUCCCCUGGUGGAAUUAUGUGUAUGUGUGUUUUACUAUGAAGUCUUCUAAAACAUUUCCUUAAAACUGUGUUCACUAUAACCCACUCCAAAGCACGAGAUUUUUUUUUUUUUUUUUCAAAUAUGCAGUGUAUUUGUAGUUUCAGAGGUUGGUUGGGCAUUUUUCUCAGUGUAUAAUUGAAAACAUGCUUGAUUUCUCGUCAUAGCUUUGACAGCUGCCAGAAAAGCCUUUUUGUGGCUUAUGCUAAGAUUAGGAGCCUUUUUUCUAUGUUCCUCUCAGGUUAAGCAUGAACAAACAAAGCAAACUUAGUUGACUUUGGGAAAUACUAGACUGAAAAUAAAACAGGAAGGUGCUUUCUGUGUUCAGGUUACAUUUGUAAGGUUUUGAUACAGAUCACUUGUGUGUGAGGGGCUUCAGUGAAGUCUGUAUGAAUAUAUAUGCAAUUGUUAUUUUUGAGAAAUAUUUAUUACAGUAAUUCAGUUUAGUUUAAUCAUUUUAAAGUACACAGAAUGCUUAUUUCUAAAAUAAAAGUUCUGGUCAGAUGGUGA